ACGAAAUUUGAGUCAGCAUUUUCAUGCAUUCAGGCCAAUAUAGAACUGCAUUAUUUGAACUUACGAGAAUCAUAGACUAAAAUCAAAUAAUGUCUCGUUCAGUUACCCCAUCUAGCGAUGAUACUGGAGAUGGAGCUUCAUCUCCUAUUAGAUUGUCUCAAACAAUGGAUCCUUUAAGAGAUAAUUCUGAUCCCUCUUCCGAAGAAGAAAACAGUGACGAUGACUACGAGAAAACUAUCAAUUCAAAGCGGAAGAGGCCUAUUUCCGGAAGAAGCAGAACAGCCAAGAGAUCGAAAGCGAACGCAUUUAUCGAAGACGACCAUCAAGAAGAGAUUCCUAAUAAAAUAUACGAUGACCUAUUACAGAACACUGCAAGUGUAAAGGACAUAGUUAUAGAAUGGCUUACAAAGUAUGAAAAAGAUCAACAAGGUUCUCUGGUUGAGUUGGUUAAUUUUAUUUUAAAAUGCUGCGCAUGUAAUCGAACGGUAAAUGAAUUCGACGUGCAAGAUCAAGAGUCUGUCUCUGUCACGCUUUCCCAAAUUCAACUCUCAGUCGAAAAAACAACAACCCGUGAAUAUCCUUUAAAUUCUAAAAGUCCUAAAUUUCGCAACUUUCGAAAAAAACUCGCUCAGUUCCUUACCUACUUUGUUUCACAGCUUUCAUCUAGAAAAUAUCUUUAUGAGAGCAGUAUUUUUGAAAAUAUCAUGUCCUGGAUUGUAGCAAUGUCUUCCUCUACCAUGAGGCCGAUUCGACAUACUGCCACAGUUUUUUGCUUGAUUAUUAUGUCUGCUUUAUGUGAAGAAUCAAGCGAAUUUUUAUCUGAGCACGCCAUAGCAUCUAAGCAGUUGACGAAAGAGGAAAAAAGGGCUCGCCCUAAUAAUAAUCGCAUUCAAGAAUUGAGUGACUCACUUCAAACAAUUAUUAAGCAGCAAGACACUAUAUCAGAGUAUCUAAGUGGCUACUUUGACAGUGUUUUUGUACAUCGAUACAGAGAUGUUGAACCAAAGAUACGAAUUGAUUGUCUGAAAGAGCUUGGCAAUUGGAUUAAUAUAGUCCCUAGUGUCUUUUUUUCUGGAUCCUACCUAAGAUACCUAGGUUGGAUGCUAUCAGAUACGAAUACAACUGUUCGUCUAACGGUAAUCAAAGUUUUGCAAAAGAUUUUCGAAACAGAAUCCUUUUUUGGAGGACUGAGACAUUUCACUUCAAGGUUUAAAGAGAGAAUCAUCGAAAUAAGCUGCGUAGAUGCCGAGGCUACCGUUCGUAUAGCCUCAAUUCGUUUGUGCAAUACUAUCAGGUCAUGUGGUUUUUUAGAAGAUGACGAGGUUAUGAAAAUAUCGCAGCUUAUUUUGGAUGUAAACCCAAGAAUUCAGCGUGAGGCAAUACAAUUUUUAUGUUCCGUAGUGCAAGAAGCUACAGACGAAAAAUUAGAUUCUUGGGGAGGUGAGGAAGCUAUUUCUGAAUCCUUUUCCUCGGAAAAGAUCAAUUCUUUUAAUAUUUCUUGGAUAAAAUAUGCUCAACUCUCGAAAACAGUGGAAGUUUUGCAGGAUUUGUUCAAAAACGAUCCGACGGAUUCAAAACUGUUUCAUGUUUUUCAAAGGAACAUAUCAGAUUCGACUCCUAUAACUCAGGCAUUUUUGAAUGCGUGUAGAUUGGAUAAUGAUUAUCAGUCAUGGGAGAGGAUUGCUAGUUAUAUAUUAUUUGACGAUUACGGUUCUAAGUCUGUAGACACAGUGGAUGGCGUUCUACAAUUCUGCAAACUUUCUGAGAGCCAAGAAUGUAUUUUACUGCAACUGCUUGCCUCUUCCCUUCUGAAUAUGUCAGAUUCUGAGUUUGUGGUUCCUAAAAAAAUUGGAAAACAACAACCAGAGGAAAGAAACGAGCUUGAAAAAGAUGAUGAAAAGGAAGUAAUAUAUUUAAGGCUUCUUCCUCUGUUGAACAGCAUCAUAGAAAGAGAAGCAGCUUCCCCUACCUUGCUGCACCAUAGUCUGCGAUUGCUGUUUACGCUUGAUUUCAGGCAGUAUACGCACAUGCAACUUUCAAAGGCUUUUGAAAAUCUUCUCUUAAAUUUAUCAAAGUUCUUUUUGACAAGCAAUUAUUCAAAUAUCAUUCAAGAUUGCACGGUUGUGUUUCUACGCAUACAGUCUGUUCCAGUCUUAGAGGAGAGGUCGUCCUUCAAAUAUACCGAGAUGUGUGAUCAAAGUAUUCAAGAAUUUCUUGAACUAUUUCUCUCCUUCAACCUACGUGACGGUAUUAUCACCAAGGAUGAUCAUUUACGUUUUGAAGCAUGUUUGAAGCGUAUGGAAGGCUGCACAUCCAUAAGAAGGAUAACGGACAAUACGGAAUUUAAGACUAUUUAUGAUAAAUUAUCAGAUUUGUUAUCUCGAAAUCCUAAUGCCCUUGAAGAUUCACUCAAGUUCCCUGCUUUACAUUCUCAACAAAGUUUGUUUUUUUGGCUCCUUUUCCAAGAAGAAUCACUGAACAAAGAAGUUGUUCGAUCUUCUGGGGAAACCCUUUUUAAUUGUUUGAUGUUUCUGAUUAACGAAGACAGCUCGGGCAUACUAAAACUUCAAGCCACCCGAAUUUUAUUGGAAGUAAUUAUUAUGGUGUCGAGUUUCGGAGCUACCAAGGGGAGCGAAAUUGAGGAAUUUAUUCCUGGCGUUGAGGGAUCAAAAAAUAGAGAUAUGGUUCAUUCGUUAUUCUCUGUUUUACAAGUAUGGCUGAAUGCUUAUGCAAAGAUGAUCCAGGUUUCACCUAUAAAGCUAGUGAAUGAAAAAAUAAGUUGGAUUCCGACAAAUAUGCCGGCAAAUCCAUUGAACAGGCAGUUGUUAGAGCAAAUAUGCUGUGAUUUGGCAGGAAAAUUGCUACUUACGGGUUCUCUUACAAAUGUACUCUUAAACGAAGACUGGAAAAUAUUAAAAACAAUCAAAGGGAAUUUUGGUUCGGCUAUAGACAUGUUGUUUGUUGAGUUUAAAGUUGAUGAAAGAGCUUGAGUUUAUAUAUAUAUUUGCGAGCAAUAAGUAAUGAACGUUAUGGAAUAGUAAUACAAUUUUAUACCUUAAAACCGAUUAUCCUAAGUAAACAAUGAUUUAAUAACUACUUUACUUUUUCCCCCCGUGCAUCAACUCACGAUACUUUUGAAUUAGUUCUUGACGUUCUUGUCCAAGGGCUUGCCGUCUGGCUAGAGAUUCAGGUUGGCCUCUGCUAUUGAACUUUGGAACGUUUUCAAUUGUAAUUUUUUUCUUCAAGUUCAGUUGAGGAAGCUUGG